UUCUUCCUUUCCUUUCCUUAAAAGAAAAAAAAAAUUCUCAAUAAUAACUUCUUCAUCACAAACUUUUUGCAUCAAAAAUAAACCAUAAAAUUAUUUUGAUUGAAAUCUAGCUAAUUGAAAUGGCACCAGUGAGUCUACCACCAGGAUUUAGGUUUCAUCCUACAGAUGAAGAACUGGUUGCUUACUAUCUUGAUAGGAAGAUCACUGGCCGUAAAAUCGAGCUCGAAAUCAUUCCUGAAAUUGAUCUUUACAAGUGUGAACCUUGGGAUUUACCAGAUAAAUCGUUCUUGCCGGGGAAGGAUUUAGAGUGGUAUUUCUUCAGCCCAAGAGACAGGAAGUAUCCAAAUGGAUCGAGGACAAACCGGGCGACGAGAGCUGGUUACUGGAAGGCAACUGGGAAGGAUAGACCGGUGCAGUCGCAAAAGACGGCGGUAGGGAUGAAAAAGACAUUGGUGUAUUACAAAGGAAGAGCUCCUCAUGGGAUUAGGACUAACUGGGUUAUGCAUGAGUAUCGUCUCCUUCAAUCUCUUUCUGGUUCUACUCCCUCCCUUAAGGAUUCCUAUGCAUUAUGCCGUGUAUUCAAGAAGACAAUACAAAAUAAUCCAAGGACUAAAGAAGAAAUGGAAGACAUUAUGAUACCAGAUAAUGAAUCUAUAGACGAAGAUCUACAAGUAGAUUAUGAUGGGAAUCAAAAUAAUAAUAAUAAUAAUGAUAAUAAUAAAAAUAAUAAUAGCUUAUUAUUAAGACAUGAUAAUGAAAGAAUUAAUCGUAAGUUUCCUUCAGAAGCUUCCUCAGAACUGACAAAUCAAGAAGUAACACCAACAGGAAGUGCAUUAAGUACUGAUCAAGAUUUACAAGCCCCAUUAUUUGCCGCAGAUGAAGCUAAUAGCUCUGCACAUUUCUACCCUUUUGCCUUUGAUUACUCGUCAAAUCUAAUCCAGGAUAUGCAAAUGAGCAGUAAUUGCUUUAAUUAUUUGCCACCAUUGGCAAUGGAUGACUAUUUUCCACAAAUGAAUUUAUCAGAGACAACAACAACGUCAAAAUCUAUUAUAGAUCAUCAUCAAGAGGGCAUGUUAGGGUGUGACAAAUUCAAGGAUUAUAUGAAAGGAGCAGUAAUGUUUGAAGACAUAUUUGAUCUUUGCUCUACCCAAGGGACUUCUAUAAAUCUGCCUCUAGAAGAUUGAUCAUCAUACUAUAAUGAAGCUUCACACUUGCUACAAAUUACACUACUAACAUAAAAUUUAUUUUAUUGAUUAUAAAAAUGACCCAAAAAAAAGAAAAAGGUGGAUUAUUUUUUUUAUCCACACAGGUUGGUGGGGUUCAAUAUACUUGAUGCCCAUAAAAAAAGGGGGCAUUUUUUUUUUUAUUUUUUAUUUUAUGCAUAAGAAAGCUCUUUGGCAAUGCUCCCAUAGAGCCCAUAAGACCAAGAGUUAUAAAUCACUUAAUUAGAAAAAGGGGAAGGUAGCUUAAUUAGGGCAACCCAUACUCAAUACUGCAUUUGGUAACUUUCUUUUUUUUACAUGAUUAAUUAAACAGUUGUAUUAUUAUAUUACUUGAAUUUUAUUUCAAUUUACUUUGUGAACCUUCAAUUCUUUUUGUUUUUCUUCCUCUG